AAGCUCCUCGGGCUUUUGUACUGCGUUCAUCUGUGGCAUGUGAUUCUCGCAUCUGAGGCUGACGUGCUCGCUGCUUUGCGAGCUCAGCGAAUCCCACUGGAAGCGCAAGCGCUGAGUGGUGAGCCGCUCGUCGAAUAUCUAAAGAAAAAGCAAAAUCUCUUCGAGGUUGAACUAACACCCACAGCCCACUACUACAAGGAAAUGCUGAUGGAUCUGAAAUUCAUCGACCAGAACCCGAAUCCUGUUCUUGCGAACGAGCAGGACACCGGUGAUGACAUUCCAGAAAGCUUUGAUGGUCGAAUUCAAUGGGCCAAUUGCCCCUCAUUGUUCUACAUCCGUGACCAGUCACUUAUGCGAGCGCACAUCUCAGCCGACGACAUUCUGUCAUGUUGCACUGAAUGUGGUAAUGGAUGUCACGGGGGUGGCCGUAUCGAGCCUGGAAAUAUUUCGCAAAAGAGGGCGCCGUCUCGGGAGGAAAUUAUGGCACCAAGGUUAGACUGCUGCCGUCCAUACGAGAUUCCCCCGUGUGGAUGGCACUGGUUCGAGCCCUACUACGACUGCCAUGCCGCUUAUAAAGGAACUCCGGCGUGUGUAAGACAGUGCCAACCAAGCUACAACAAGAACUAUACCGCGGACAAAUAUUACGGUAUGUGCACGACUUAUAUCAUGUUAAGAGGGAUGAUUCUGGUCAGCGAAUUCAAUUGA